AUGAAGGGGCUAACACCCCAGAAACCCCUGCCAAUCACUGGGACUCCAAUGAUGGAUGAUAUGGCAGUCUGCCUGGCGGAAGCUCCUCAUACAUCGUCGCAACGCAGACCCCCUUCACCUCUACUAAUAGAUUUGCAAUCAACUACCUCGUCCCUCGCCUUAAAGAGCAAUAUGCCAAACACCACGCAUCCUGGUAACCUGUCAAUGUCCUAUUCUUCUAUGCCUGACCUGGAGUCCUCAUUCAGUGCGGUCCAGGCAGAUGACUGUAUAUCCUCGUCCUUUGCCAGUCAACCUCGUUUG